CAGCAGCAGCAAAGCGAGGAGGGCUUAUCAUCAUUCGUUUGCGGUUUGGAUUGUGGUGUGUCAUGUUGCUCGUUCGAGGCCUUUCCUUGCUGGCUGUCGGCCUCGCGGUGGCACCGACCGGCUGUGCGCUUGUCCCGCCCACGCCGCUGCCUCGGACGUCAGCGGGAGGCCACGCUGCUGCGACUGCGAGAGGCAAACAUGCAAAUCGCGUCUUGGAGAGGAGGAGCGGUUGAAAGCAGCGAGGGCGGACCACCUCUCAUGAACGCCCAGCUAGGACUGGUCAGGGUCGCUGGAUAUGGCAUCAUCGCUGGUUCUCUUUGCCUCAAGACCCCCCAGAUCGCACGGGUGUGGCACGCCAAGUCCCUGGUGGGCCUCGCGCCGGCUUCCAUCUACGCGGACGUGUUCCUCUUCGCGACCUCCGUCAUCUACCACGUUCUCAAGAGGAACCCCAUCCGCGCCUACGGCGAGUCGGUGGUCGUGCUGUUCCAGACGCUGGUGAUGGUGGGGCUGCUGUGGCGGUUCGGCACCGAGGAAGAGGUUGCCGUAUCCGACGGCGGCGGCGGCGGCAGCGACGAGGAAGCUCUCGUCACCAAGAGCAUCAAGAAAGUAAAGCCCGCCGGGGGAGGACCUCUCGGGAGGACGGCGAUAGCGGUCGGCUCCGUGGCGGCCUCGGUGCUGUGCGUGCUCUACCUUCCCGAACGCCUGUGGGGGCUGCUGGUGGUCGUGUCCACGCCGACGAUACUGGCGGUUCAGCUGCCGCAGAUUUGGAAGAACUGGCGGCAGAAGCACACAGGAGAGCUGGCAAUGCUGACGGUGCUGCUCGCUUUUGGGGGGUCAUCCGUUCGGAUAGCAACGACCAUAGCGGACCUUGGGGGGGACCCGUGGCUGCUGUUCAACUACAUCUUGGGAGCGACCUCAAACGCGACAAUUUUGGCGCAGAUCUAUCUCUACAGAGCUCUCACCGCCAAAGUGCGACGAGACGUCAAGGCGAAGGCCGACAAGGCUACGCAUGCGGCGUGAUUGUACGACGGUGGGGGGGGGAGUUCCUUUUCGUACAUAUGUCGGUGUCUCAGACAGCAAAUGUUCAGGAGUCUUGUUUUUUCUAACCCUUAGCCUUGUUGACGAUGUAGUAGGCGUUCUUGGUUUAGGAGGCGAGGGUGAGAAAAAUCCCCUCAGCUUUCGAUAUUACUUGCCAACCGUGAGUGACGGAGAUAAAUGCCGGGAGCGAAGUUACACACCCGCUUGAGUUUGGAUCGUGAGCGAGUGUUGUGGCCAAGGCACUGGGGCUGCGCCCGUAGGAGGCGAGGGGAUGCAGCCGAUACUGAAAAUCACCCCGCUAAUAUAUAUAUAAUAGUUGGGGCUCUCGUUCUUGUGGGAUGUACUGCUGUCGCCGGUCUUGUCGGGGUUGCUUAGAGCUUUGUUCCCCAGCUGCUCUUGCGUCGCUGGUGUGACCACAGCAGCCGCUGCAGCAGUGCAAUUACAUACAUGACAUGCUGUUGGUACUCCUGCUGUAGCCAGAUUUCCUAGAGAUGCCUAUUUUGAUUGCAUGCUUGGUGCGUAUGAUAUGAUAUAGACAGGGGGAGGUUUCCGAUUCGCUAUCGCUGCCACCUUUGCCUAUCUUCCGUGUGAAAUUUACGCGAUACAUUUUGCGGUCGUUAUCUCGACCAAUUCGUCAGUACAAUCUUUUAGUGAACCCUGCCUGUACUUGAGCGAUCGUUACCGAGAAUCUUAUUCAAAAUGCAAGCGUAAUGGUUUACUAGCGGUUCCGGGAUCGACUCGUGGACUCUGUUUUUCUUCUGUUCAUCAUUGUGCUGCUGCUGUUGCCUUUCCGCAGCGCCCGUCUCAGCACACACAGCAGUAGCUUCGCAGUUUUUUUUUUCGAAUUUCCCGGGGAGGCGGUUCUCUCAGCACAGGCUGGACGCGGAACGACAUCAAGCAGUUGUUGU